AUGCUGUUUCUGCACACAACCCUACCACGACUCCGAAAUGGUUAUCGCUCCUUGAACAUCGCUCUGCCCCGUUGGCCACUCGCAAAACGUAUCGCGAACCCUUCUCUACCAUCGGAAGCAACACUCGCACAAAAAGUUGGUCGGCCUUCCAUUCAGAAACAAACCAUUUUUGUUCUCUCAGGAACAUUGCUUGCAUUCACAUAUGCUUCUGCGCUAACCACAGUCGAAACCGAAGAGGCGGUCGAGAAAAUGACGCGUGGGCGUUCAAGGACUUGGCCUCAUACAAUAACCUCCAUCGACAUGAGAAAUGCCGCCGACUUUGCUCUGGCUCAGGAACUACGAGAGGGACUCAAGAAAGUUGGAUCUGCUACAGAAAGCCUACCGGUAGCGACGCGUAAUCGUAUCAUGCGAUUAUGGGCAACGGUGGCUCAAUCAUAUCUCAACGUGUCGGACGGGAAACGACUGUGCUGGAAAUUGUGUUUACUGAAUAUUGGCGUGUGGCUUGCUUUUAAAUCUCGACGGUUACGGCCUUUCAUGAUGCAUGGCUUUGCCCAUGACCCAUUGUCAGGGAAGUCUUACACAAUGCUUACAAGCAUAUUAAGCUCUCCGGUAUUGCCUCUUCUCGGGUUGAACUUGCUCUUCCUAGAUGGAUUUGGAUCUUCUGCUGCCUUUCACCUCACCCAACGGCAAGAGCGAAUACCAGAUUCUCAACUUGAAGCGACCUCUCGUUACCAUUUUCUAGCUUUUUUCGUUUCAGCCGGACUAUUCGCGGCCCUUGCCUCUCAUAUUGUGCACGUUAAAGUGCUGUACCCUCGCCUAAUAUCGCGGCUUUCCGCGAGCUCACCUGCAACCUCAAAACCAGACACAUGGGCAUCAGCCUUGCGCAAUAUGCCCCCUCCAACUUCUCGCUUCCGCUCAUUUUUCCGACUACCUCCACCACCGUCUCCUGCCCCUCCAAGACUUGCUCCAAGAUUUGCUGGAACUGGUGCCCUCUAUGCUCUCAUGACCAUCACAGCGCUAGGUUUCCCCAACGCUGAGAUCUCACUCUUUUAUCCCCCUAACUACUCUGUGCCGAUCCAAUGGGGCGCCUGUGGGCUCUUGCUUCUUGAUGUUUUUGGUAUAUGGCGUGGCUGGAAGCUUUUAGAUCACUUCGCUCAUUUAGGUGGGGCUGCUUUCGGAGGGCUAUAUUAUUUAUAUGGACCGGGGGCGUGGAAUUGGAUACGUGCAGCGAUGGCAGACGAACCAGAGGAAGAGGAACGAUGA